AUGACUCGCAUCAAAACGGUGGACUUGGCCACCACUUCUGGCGCCUACUAUGCCCCGGCAACCCUUGCUCCCGCGAACACAGAAAUCAUGCACGUCUCCGGACAACCAGGAAGCACAAGCGGAGGCAUUGUACCGGCAGACUACGAGUCCCAGAUUCAGCUGGCUCUCACGAACCUCCGCAAGGUCAUGAUUAUUGGUGGCGCGACCGUUAAGGAUAUUCUUAAGCUCACAAUUCUCAUUGUGAAUUAUGACAAAACACAGCGCAAACAUACUCGACACAUACAAAAGUUUUUGGAGGGACACCGUCCUGCAAUUACACUAGUUCCUGUCACUCAGCUGGCCGCGCCCAAUUGGCUGUUUGAAAUUGACGCAGUCAUUGCUCUCCCAUCAACCUCGCCUUCAGUUCCUCUCCAAUUGACCAUUGAUUCAGCAGAAAAGACUCUGGAUGUAAUCAUCGUCGGUGCAGGACUUGCAGGGUUAACAGCGGCAACGGAACUGCAACGAGCCGGUCACUCUUUCAUAGUUUUAGAGGCAAGAGAUCGCGUAGGAGGAAAGACGUGGUCUCAAGUGCUGCCUAAUGGAGAGCAAGGAGUUAUCGAUGUUGGCGCUGCGUGGAUAAACAGCACGAACCAGAGUAGAAUGUAUGCGCUGGCAAAGCGGUUUGGGGCAGAGAUUCUGGAGCAAAACACUACUGGAAAAUGUGUGUUGCAGGAUGCUGAUGGGAAUUGCUCUACCUUUGAAUAUGGGGAGCUUCCAAAGUUCGACAUCGCAAUUGCCAGAGACGUUGCCCGAAUUCGCGACAUGGUCGAGGCAGAUUGUCAGACUCUUGAUCCUGCUCGACCUCAAAACGCUGAAUGGGACUCGAUGACCUUUGAAGCUUACUUAAGAGCCCGGGGUGCCAGUGCGGAGGCUAUUGCUACUGCUACAGUAUGGACUCGCGCCAUGCUUGGACAAGAUCCUAAAGAUAUCUCCGCCUUAUAUUUUCUAACUUACUGUCGGUCCGGUGGUGGCCUGCUCCAAAUGAGAUCAGACCGUCUAGGAGGUGGGCAGCAUCUUAGGAUCCGCCAGGGUACACAAUUAAUGGCCAUUGGACUUUCGAAAGAACUUCCUAAUGGAACUGUUGGCUUGUCGACUCCUGUCAGCUCUAUUACGCAGAGCGGCAUCAACUCCGAUGUCGAGGUAGUGACAACAAACCAGAAGAAGUAUCGUGCGCGAAAAGUGAUUACUACUGUUCCUAGUCCUGUGUUGAAGACGAUUUUAUUCACUCCCGACUUGCCACCUUCUAAGAAAUUAUGGUCAGAGUCCUCGACGUAUGGAUAUUAUACGAAAGCUAUGAUGACAUUCCGGGAGCCGUUUUGGGUUGAGAAAGGUUAUUGCGGGCUCACGCAGUCAUUCACUGGGCCAGCCUCCGUGAUUCGAGAUACCAGCAGUCUCCCGGACCAGAAAUACGUUCUAACUUGUUUCAUGUCCAGCGAUCUCGGGCGAGCUUGGGCGGCAUUAUCGACUCCGGAACGUGAACAAGCCCUCAUCAAACAGAUUGGUCAAUUAUUCCAGUCCGGAUUAGAAGCAUCUCGUGACUUUAUCAGCAUGGUCACUUACGAGUGGACGUCAGAUCCAUACUCGGGCUGGGGCUGCCCUUGUCCUUCGCUCGCAUCGGGUGUCAUGGACUCUCUUGGUGGUAAUGGACUUCGAGAGCCGUUUGGAAACUUGCACUUUGCUGGGACUGAAACUGCUAUUAACUGGCGAGGCUAUAUGGAAGGGGCUGUUGAAAGUGGAGAACGUGCUGCUUCUGAAGUUAUCAAGGAGUUGACUACCGUGCUCGCGCGGUUGUAG